CUUUUUCAGCUUCAUGGGAACAUCUUAGUGAAAGAACAUCAUGGUUGGAAUUAUGACAUACGUGCUGUCUGCGAUAUCACUUGUUUUCCAUUUGUUUCUACUGCUGCCAUUAUCAUCUGCAAACAUCAUUAAAAAUGGAACCAGAGGAUUUUCCUGGCUCUGGCAAUGCCAAUGCACCUUCAGCAAACCAUUCCAGCCUGAGGAAAGCUUCAUAUACUGGCAGGGCCAAAGCAAAGCUGUGAUCGUUGCACAUGUUUACGCAAAAGGAAAAGAAGAGUUUGAACACCAAGACCAGUUAUUUAAAAACAGGACUAAAAUCUUCCCUGAUCAGUUAUCCUCUGGGAACUUCUCACUGGUCAUUGAGUCACUGAUGCUGGAAGAUGACAAGACCGCCUUUGAAGUUAUUUUUAUAAAUUCAACAUCAGAGCAACCUGAGAAGCUCUGUCAGGUGACACUGCAUGUAUCAGCUCCUUUCCAUGAACCUAAAAUUGAGAUAAACCAAGAUGAGAAGAUUGCAACCUGCAGCACGAGAGGAGGUUACCCUAAACCUGAAGUCACAUGGAGGUCCGGGGACCUUCUGGAGGGACAUGAACGUACACUGGAACUACAUGAAACCACCAUUACCCCUGAGGCUAAUGGCACCUACAGCAUCAGGAGCACAGUCAACAUCACAGGGUUACUAACAGUGACCUGCACGGUUUAUAACCCCACUUCACACCAGACUCUGAGUGCAACUACAGACAUGACACCUUCUCCACUUACUCAAGUAUUUGCUGUUCUCUGCAUUGCUCUCUUGGUGGCCGUGGCACUGAUUAUUGUUUACUGCAUCAAGAAAAGCUGCAACCAGGAACAGGGGGGAAUAGUCAACUCAUCUCCCUCUCAGAAAAAGGCUUCUGAUUCCAACAUGUCUGGAGGAAAUGUUCAUGAGGGCAGUGUUUCACAAACAGGGACUCAAGCUGUGCAGUUCCGCUCCACAAGGAAGAGUGAUGGUGCUGUAGACAGUGAGACCAACAACCUCACCGCUGCUGAUACUGAUGCAGCACAAGAAAAACAAGAACAAAGUGUCAGUGUAAAAACUUUAGAUGAAACAAAAACCUCAGAAAGCGACAAAGACAAAUAAAUGUCAGUAGAAUGAAUCCAAACUUGGAUCAAAACUGUUGAAGGCAAAUUUUUUGAUCAUUGAAUAAUUGUAUUUCUUUUAUUGUAAAGAGCCUCUGAUGAA